AGGAGGAGGAUUAAAGUUUUUGUUAUCUUCUUUUUCUACUUCUUCAUAAAUGUCUGCUUCUUCUUCUUCUUCACUUCCUCUUCACACCACACCAAAUUUUAAUCCCUCCCAUUCUUCCAAAUCAACCAAAAUCAAGCAAACUCAAAGCUUCAAACCAACCCACAAACUCCAUGAAGAAAAGCAGCUUCAAUCCAAACCAUACUUUCACCAAAUCUCAUCACUCUGUAAACAAAGUCAAAUUAAAGAAGCCAUUACUCUCCUCACUGAAAUGGACUUCAAAAAUGUUCAAAUUGGACCAGAAAUCUAUGGAGAAAUUCUCCAGGGUUGUGUUUAUGAGCGUGCACUCUCCACAGGUCAACAAAUCCAUGCUAGAAUACUUAAAAAUGGUGGGUUUUACUCUACAAAUGAAUAUAUUGAAACAAAGUUAGUAAUUUUCUAUGCAAAAUGUGAUCUUUUGAAUGUAGCAAAUCAACUUUUUGAUAAACUUGAGAAAAAGAAUGUAUUCUCUUGGGCUGCUAUAAUUGGAUUAUGUUGUAGGAUGGGUUCUAAUGAAAAGGCUUUAUUGGGGUUUAAUGAAAUGCAUCAACAUGGGUUUCUUCCUGAUAAUUUUGUUAUACCCAAUGCUUUGAAAGCUUGUUCUGCUUUACAGAUGAUUGGGUUUGGGAAAGGGGUUCAUGGGUAUGCUUUGAAAAUGGGGUAUAACUCUUGUGUGUUUGUUUCUAGUAGCCUUGUUGAUAUGUAUGGGAAAUGUGGUUUAUUAGAUGAUGCAAAGAAGGUGUUUGAUGAAAUAGUUGAUAGAAAUGUAGUUACGUGGAAUUCGAUGAUUGUUAGUUAUGCUCAGAAUGGGAUGGACGAGGAAGCUUUGAAGGUGUUUUAUUGUAUGAGAAUGGUGGAUGUUGAACCUACUAGAGUUACAGUUGCUAGCUUUCUUUCCGCAGCUGCUAACGUAGAUGCUGUUGAUGAGGGUAGGCAAGGUCAUGCGAUAGCCAUUUUAAGCGGUUUAGAGUUGGAUAGUAUCUUGGGAAGUUCUCUUAUUAACUUCUAUUCAAAAAUUGGUUUUAUUGAAGAUGCAGAGCUUGUAUUUAGUAAUAUGGUCGAGAAAGAUGUGGUGACAUGGAAUUUGCUCAUAUCUGGUUAUGUUCAACAAGGGAAGAUCGAGGAUGCUUUAGAUUCGUGCCGUCUAAUGAGGUCAGAGAAUUUUGGAUUUGACUCGGUAACUCUAACAACCAUAUUGUCUGCAUCUACUAAAAUAAGAAAUGUGGAGCUCGGUAAAGAGUGUCAUGGUUACUGCAUUAGAAAUAACUUUGACUCUGAUGUGGUGGUUGCAAAUAGCAUUAUAGAGAUGUAUGGAAAAUGUGAGAGUACUGAUAAGGCAAGACGAGUCUUUGAGAAAACAGUACAAAAGGAUCUCACAUUGUGGAAUACGUUAAUUGCUGCUUAUGCUGAAUCAGGUCUGAGCGGCGAGGCCUUGAAGCUGUUUUAUCAGAUGCAGUUAGAAGGUGUACCUCCAAAUGUAGUUUCAUGGAACUUGGUGAUUUUGGGAUUCCUUAGAAAUGGGCAAGUAACUGAAGCUGAAACCAUCAUCUCAGAGAUGCAAUGUAUGGAAAUCCAACCUAAUCUGGUCACUUGGACUUCUCUCAUAUCUGGUUUGGCUCAAAAUGGACACGGAGAUAGGGCCAUUCAUUACUUUAAAGAGAUGCAAAUUCGUGGGCUACAACCUAAUACUGUAAGCAUCAUUUCCUUGCUAUCAGCUUGCAUAAAUGUAUCAUCAUUAGAAUUUGGCAAGGCUAUUCAUGGGUACAUAAUACGUCGUCAACUUUUUUCAUCUCUUUCCAUCAUAACCUCUCUUGUAGAUAUGUAUGCAAAAUGUGGGAAUUUGUACCUAGCCAGGAAGUUUUAUGACAUGGUUAAUUGCAAGGAGUUGCCUAUUUACAAUGCAAUGAUAUCUGGAUAUUCAUUACAUGGCCAAGCUGGGGAAGCUUUUGAAGUAUUUAACCGAAUGCAGAAUGAGAAAAUUGAACCAGAUGAAAUAACGUUCACUGGUCUCUUGUCGGCAUGUGAUCAUGCAGGGUUGGUAGAGAAAGGUUUGAAAGUUUUUAAUGAUAUGAUCUCUGAAUACCGAAUGAAGCCAAGUAUGCACCACUACGGUUGUAUGGUGAGUCUACUUUCUCGCUGUGGAAAUCUAGAAGAAGCACUUAAAUUUGUCCUCGAAAUGCCACUUGAGCCUGAUGCCCAGAUAUUAGGAUCAAUUCUUUCUGCAUGUAAAGAACAAAACAAGAUUGAGUUAGGAGAGUACUUGUCCCAAUACUUAUUCAAGUUGGAACCAGAUAAUUCGGGAAAUUAUGUUGCACUUUCAAACACUUAUGCAGCGGCAGGAAGAUGGGAUGAAGUGUUGAAGCUGAGAAACAUAAUGAGAGAAAAAAAGCUAAGGAAAAAGCCAGGCUGCAGUUGGACUCAAAUCGGAACAGAACUCCAUGUGUUUGUUGCAGGCGAUAAGUCACACUCGCAAGCAAAGGUUAUAUAUGAGACAUUAGCUUGGUUAGAAAAGGAGAUGAGGUUUGUGCACCAGCUUAACAUGUAUGAUUAAUAACAAUAAGAUUCCGAGUUCUUAAGCAAAUGUAUAUGUCUGGCACCAAGUAAAAAAGCGGAUCCGAAGCAGAUGGAAUUAGAUGGCUAAUUUGGCAAUGUACCCAUUCAAGGUGAUUUAGGAAUUCAACCAGAGAAACAAGGAAAAAAAGUAGAAGGUAGAACUGUUGGAUUAUUGACCUGCAAGGCAGUGGUGGAGUCGCUUACAGACAAGGGACAGCGCGUGCAGAGAUGCCCUUCACUCCACGGUUACAACUUUCCUCCUCUUCAGGACAAAAAUGGCGUUGAAAUGUAGGCUUGGUGUUUUCCAUUGCUAGGAAAGGGGAUGAACUCGCAAUGCUUCGUGCAGAGCGUGUAAAGUUGAACAGUGUGUUUUCCACUGCUAGGAAAUGGGAGAAACUCGCAAUUCUUCGUGCAGAAAUGGAGCGUGAGCGUGUAAAGUUGAACAGUGUGUUUCCCACUCCUAGGAAAUGGGGUGAACUCGCGAUUCUUCGUGCAAAAAUGGAGCGUGUAAAGUUGAACAGAAUCGACUUAGAUGCUAAAGUAAAUUAUAAGACAUAUCUUGUUUCAGGAGUGGUGACUGCAGUAAUUAGUUGAGUAAUUUGGAUGCCUGCCGUGUAUAUGAUCGGCAAGUUUCUUGAUUAUUGAUUCCCUGUGGUGGAAAAAGAGAAUGAGGGUAUGGGCUCUAGUCAUGCUGCUUAGCUAAUGCUGCUUGUUAGAGUGCUUCAUUGUAAACUAUAGGAAAUGGAGCGUGUAUAUUUGAACAAUGCGUUUUCCACUGGUAGGAAAUGGGAUGAACUCGCAAUUCUUCGUGCAGAAAUGGAGCAUAUAAAGUUGAACAAUAUUGUGAAUGUAACACGAUUUAUAACUCGUAAAAAAAAACAAAAAAAACCUUGCCAGUCUUUGUUUCUGAAAUUGAGCUUCUUGGCUGUGUCCGGGGUAAGCCUCUUAACCGCUUCGUGCCUGGUACAUGGAUAAACAGGGAUAUGGGGCUAUAAUUUUCUCCCACUGAGUAGUUGUGUUCGAAGAAAUAUAAAAAAAGGGGCCGACACCUGCAAUGAAAGUAUAAAUAGUGACUUAGAUGCUAAAGUAGAUUAUAAGACAUAUCCUGCUUCAGGAGUAGUGGCUGCAGUAGUUUCUGCAGUAAUUUGGAUGCCUGCCGUAUAUAUGUUUUCUGCAAGUUUCUUGAUUAUGAUUCCCUGUGGUGGAAAAAGAGAAAGAGAAGACUGGAAGAAGACAUGGUGUGGGCUCAAGUCAUGCUGCUUAGCUAAUGCUGCCUGUUAGAAUGCUUCAUUUUAAACUAUAGGAAAUGGCGUUGAAAUCUAGGCUUUUCUCUAGGACGUUUUCCACUGCUGGUAUUUGGGAUGAACUCGCAAUUUUUUGUGCAAAAAUGCAGCGUGUAAAAUUGAACAGUGCGUUUUCCACUGCUUGGAAAUGGGAUGAGCUCGCAAUUCUUCGUGCAGAAAUGGGGCGUGUAAAGUUUAACAGUAUUGUGAGUGAAACAAGAUAAGUUUCUUGAUUAUCAAUUCCCUGUGGUGGAAGAGGAGACUGGAAGAAGACAUGGUAUGGGCUCAACUCGUGCUGCUUAGCUAAUGCUGCCUGUUAGAAUGCUUCAAGCAAGGAGAAUCUCGAAAUUCCUACUGUUUAUUUUACUGGUGAUCAUACCUUAAAGACGUCAAAUAUUUACUAAGCUCCUUGUUGUUAGUUUUUAUUCACCUUGAUGAAGACUCCUGAAUAUUGAACACUCCGAAAACCUGUUAUCUUUCUGAAAAGAAAGUGAGAUACUGAAACUCUCCAUGAAUAUUAUUCUUCCGCCUCUUGAAUGUAUCUGUCAUGGAAGAUGUGAUCUUUAUUAUUUCUUUUGAAAUUAUUGUACUGCACAUGAAAGGCUGUACCUUUAGUUUUUCUAGUUGCUGCUGAUUCGUUUCCAACUUGUAUGCAGCCGGUUACCUUUCCAGCCCUACCCAGCAGCACGAGGAUGUCGCCAAAGUAAGUUCCAGAUGAAUUGGGGUGCCUCUUAUUUGAUGAUAGCAUUCUUUUCCACCCAAUAAGACAUUUAUCUUGUGUUUCAAGUCCAAAUUAAAUUUCUUGCCAUGGACGGAUCAGUUAUUUACUGCAACUGCAAUAUCGAACUGAACUGGCGAUAGCAAUUUUCAGUUCGUUCCCCGGAACAAGUAUGUUAUGCUAACUAAACUCUUGCCUUGAAUUCAUUCUCAUUCUACAUCAUGGACCAAAGUCGUAUAACAUUUACUCCAUUUUCCUAAAACACUGGAAGAAUGUCUCAACCAUAAUCUUUAUAGGGUAAGUUCCUGUCACAUUCAUCCUUAAAUAUAACCUUACACCUUUCAGUGACUUUUUAUUCUGAGUUCUUCAUUUUCCUCUUUAUUAGUUGUUGAAAGCUGCAAUUUAAUGCUUGUAACUAGCCAAGUUGGUUUUACUGCAUUUACAUAAAGUUUCUAUAGCGUUGUAGGUUUUAUUCUUCCACGGUUGAUCUAACCUUAGACGACAUUGACAGGAAGAAAUUUGAUUUCCCACUUUUUCUUAUGUUAUAUAAUGGUGAUUGAUUGUGA